ACAAGAUUCAAUAGUUAUAUAUUGGAUAAUAGUAACGAACGUAAAACUUUCAUUUGUAGACUUUUAAAACCUAAAGAAUCAAGUGGAAGAAAAGAAAAUCUCCCUUCUAAAAAGCUUUGUAUAAUCUGGAAAAAACCUGUUAUUAACUGUGAAGCAAGAAUUAGAUUAACAUAUACUCCUAAUCACAGCCAUUUGAUGGAAGAAAGUGAUAUGCAAAAAUGGAAAGAAGUCUAUAAAGUGUAUGAAGACUCGGAUAUAGAAUAUUUAAAAACUAAGGAGGUUGCUAAUAUUAAGCAGAAGCUUGUUGGUCUGAUGAAUUCGCAUCUUGUUGGAGUUGCAGAUUUAAAAUCUGAUAUUUUAAUUACAAUCGAAUUUUUAAUAAAAAAUAAUUAUCAAGUUGAGUCUUUUCAAAAAAAAGAGUCACUUGGGUAUUUGCAAGGUUUAUGCUUUGCAAAUCUGUGGCAAAUAGAAAAUCUAACACGUUACACUAUAGCUGUUGGAAUAUUGGUGCUCACUUCUUUGUUAAUAGAAAAAAUAUAUAUACUUCUUGACCAAAGUAAUGUAGAAUCUAAUAGUAUUGCAUUAGCAUUCCCAGGUCUUUUUCAAGAAUAUGAUGUUCUCCUUUGUACUGUACAUAUUGUACGAACAUGGAUAAAAAAUAUUUAUUAUAGUCUGACACUUAAUAAAAUAAUCUACGCGAUAUACAAAAAAACACAAGUUGGAUAUGAGAAAAUUGUUCACGAUACUAUAAAUACCUCUCAGCAGAAUUCACCAUUUCUUCUUCAGAUCACUUCAACUAAACCUCUAGAGUCUUAUCACAGUGAACUAAAGGCAAAAGUUUCUGUUCAAUAUGGUCUUAUCAGCAA